AUGCAGCGCUCUCCUUAUUCAAAUGAUGAAUAUACCAUUGGAUGGAUUUCUGCACUACAUGAAGAGUUUAUGCUCGCCAUGGCCAUGUUAGACGAGGAGCAUGGGAGACCUCAGUCAACGCCUCGAGACGACACCAACGCAUAUCACCUAGGCAAAAUAGGUGAACACAACAUUACCAUGGCUUGCUUGUCUGGAGGUCAAAUGGGCACAGGACCUGCUGCUAUCGUGGCAGAAAAUAUGCGCCGUACGUUCAAGAAUAUCAAAUUCGCGCUCCUCGUGGGUAUCGGAGGUGGUGUCCCAGGUGAGAAAAAGGACAUCCGCUUGGGUGAUAUUGUGGUUAGCUAUCCAAAUGGGACCUACACCGGGGUUGUUCAAUACGACUAUGGCAAGCUGAACGGCAGUGGUGACAUCGAGAGGAAAGACUGGUUUUGUGCGCCGGCGCCUAAAAUCCUGGCUACUGUCGAUCUUCUGAAAGCAUAUCAUUCGCGGCCUAAGAAUCCACGCAACAAUAUACCUGGCAUUCUGAACGAGCUAGGCGAACAAUACACGUAUCCAGAAGAACAUGCGACACCCGAUCUGUUGUUUGAAGCAGAGUGUGAUCACAAUAUUGGAGCUGAAACGUGUGAUUCCUGUGACAAAGAGGCGCUCGUCCAGCGAAGAGUUCGCAAUUCCGCAUCUACCCCACACAUUCAUUAUGGUAUUAUCGCUUCUGGAAGCAUGGUUGUUAGAAAUGGUGUUGAAAGGAACAAAAUCGACAGCCGUUAUGCAAACACGAUAUUCUGCUUUGACAUGGAGGCGGCCGGAUUAAUGAACAACUUCCCAUGUCUUAUUAUACGGGGAAUCAGCGACUAUUCCGACUCACAUAAAAACGAUCAAUGGCGAAAACGUGCCGCUGCUGUGGCAUCGGCGUAUGCCAAAGAACUCAUCUCAUUGAUUGAACCGUCAGAUGUUGAAAUGUUGCCUCCGAUAGCUUCUCGAGUGUUGAAUUCCAUUUUCGAGAAUAUAGCAAAUAUAGAUGAGAAUACAGCUGAAAAUACGAGAUUACGGAGAAACGCUGAGAACGAAGCACGAAAAAGGGAUCUGAAUGAUCAGCAAAUACGAUGCGAAAGAUGGCUGAACCCUCCGAACGUUCGACAAAUCCAUCAGGAACGAGUCGAAGCAAGGCUUGCUGGGACCUGUGAUUGGAUCUGGUCACACACGACUUUUAUAAAUUGGAAAUCUCUAUCUACACCAUCACCUCUGGAUGGGCUGCUCUGCAUUUGCGGCCCCCCGGGCUGUGGGAAGAGUAUUUUGGCCUCUCAUAUUGCUGAUCACCUACGUGAAGAUGGGGCGUAUGUCCUAUUUUUCGCCUUCGUCGGCAUGAACGCCAGUCACUUGAAGUUGGAUGGCAAGUUGGAUGACUUUGUUCGCUCGCUUCUAUCGCAAUUGUUGCAAAUUUUACCAGAGGGACAAGCCAUCCGCAUUGUUAGCAACCUAAUGUUGAAAGGCCAGGCUACGAGUUUUGACCUCUGGACGGCUUUCAGCAUGAUAGCUGACACAUUCAUCACCAAGCCGAUUUAUUGCAUUGUCGAUGGUGUCGACGAGAGUGGAAAUAUUGUCAAUGGUGUGGACGAAAGCAUAAACAUUGUUCAUCGAUUGGUGCAGAAACUACUUGGUUUCCUCCAAACUCACUCCAGCGUUCGUUUUAUUAUACUCGGUCGAUCCCACGUAUUUCAUUCAUAUGAUUCUAUCAAACACAAAAUUGAGGUGGACUCUAUAUUGACAGAACACGACCUGGAUUUAGUGAUUGAAACUGGAAUAGCCGACUCCAAGGUUCUUGAUACACCAGACUUGCGAACUGAAGUUCGCAAAACUCUCACAGAGCAGUCAGAAGGAAACUUUCUAUGGAUCAAGCUUAUGUUUGGGCACUUAAACGGGUCAGUUGGGGUAGCUGACGCUCUUGAAAAGCUACAUAAUUUACCACGGGAUAUUCAGACGGCCUAUGAAAGCUUACUUUCGGGACUUAUCAGCGGGCUGAACCGCUCUGAGCUAAAUCUUGCUCAAAAGACUUUUGCAUUCAUCAUCGUUGCUCGACGUCCGUUGAGAAUUGAGGAAUUCCAAUAUUUAUUCGCCGAAAAUGCCAUGUCUGCAUCUAAAAGCAGGAAACAUCCCAUUGAACACUACAUUCCACGACCAGACCGCAAAAUCUUGGAUGUCUGCGGUGGCCUCGUCAGCAUCAUGGAUGGUCAUCUUCGGCUAGUCCACUUCUCUGUGAUGGAGUUUUUGACCAGACCCGAGAGCGAAUGGGAAAGCUGUGAGGCUCAACUCUUUCGGGUUUCUUUGGAACAGGCGCAUAGCUGGGUUGCGGCUGCUUCUAUUGAGUAUCUUGAAAUGUGUUAUUAUAGUUCUCAGACACACGAUUGGAGCAAAUUUGCCGAGCUCGACAAACACAAUCAACUCUUAAGCUACGUUUCUAGAUACUUUACGAUCCAUAUUACUCAAUCCGACAUUAAGCCGGAUUUCAUCACAGCAAAGAUCAACAAGUUUCUAAACUCGGAUAGAUGUGUGCCUUGGAUAGAACAUUUCGCUAUGGAAAUGUUUGAUAACGAGUCUCUACAUUCUUUUGUUGACGAUUUUGAGGUAUUCAUAUCUUGGUUGGGUGAUGAUGAACACUCACUAGAACUUUCACGGCGAGUCUCUGCUUGUCUGAAUCAUGAAAUGGAGAGACGGUCACAGCAGUACGGAGAUACCGAUUUCCGCACUGAACGAAUUCGCUUAUUCCUUACUCUUAUGCAAGAUGAAUCUACAUGGAACAGCCCUCAAGCUGUGGAGCCCUCGUUAGUUGGAAGUGUGAGAAUACCAACCGACAUGUCGCCAAUUCUACAAAUACUUCGACAUGAGGCUCCUCUAUCGCGUGAACUGAAAGCGAAUUUGUGUCUGAAAAUGCAAAUUUAUCUUCGAAAAGCUAAACAACUGGCCGAUCCUUUACAGAUUAUCUUCCGUAUUCUAUUGGACAAUGCUUCGAAUAUGCCCAUUUAUGCACUCUUAGCUAUCGGCCAAUUUUACCGUGAGAUCCGACAAUUUGAGCAAGCUCUAAAGAUUUACUUUGCAGCUCUUGAUAAAGUAGAGGAAAAGGAAACGCCGUUGAAGUAUUAUGUCCUUCGCCAGAUUGGCUAUAUCUAUACCUGUCUCAAUCAAUACGAUGAAGCAUUGGAGUACGAUAUAGAAGCACAUGCAGGACGAGAGGAAAUACUUGGGCCUGAACAUAAAGAUACACUAAUGAGUCUCCAUGACAUUGGCUGCGAUUAUAGAGACCUUGGGGAACCCUAUAAGGCAUUGGAGUACGAUAGAAAAGCACAUGCAGGACGAGAGAAAAUACUUGGGCCUAAGCAUAAACAUACACUCCUGAGUCUUAACGACACUGGCUGCGAUUAUUAUGACCUUGGGGAAUAUGAUAAGGCAAUAGAGUACUUCACAAAAGCACAUGCAGGACGAGAGAAAAUACUUGGGCCUGAACAUAAAGAUACACUAAUGACUCUCCAUAACAUUGGUAGUGCUUAUAGUGGCCUUGGGGAAUAUGAUAAGGCAGUAGAGUACCUUACAAAACCUUCGCUAUGCUUGCGCGAGGCUCGAGCACUAUGA